UCAGAGGCACAGUGUGGACGCUGCUACACACAUACAGACUUCAGGAAGAGCAACAUGCUCAGGUUACUUCAUCACUGCUUGAUAGCCGUAUGCUUGGCAGGAUCCUUGAUGCUCUUGCCACUCUGCUGUGCUGAAGAUGCAAUCAUCUUUGAUCAUGACUAUAAUUCUACUCCUUUACCAGAUUAUGACUACAAUGCCACAUUUGACUACACUUUAUUCAGCAAUGGCAGCUUAGAAGACCUGGAAUGGCUUUUAAGGGAAAAGGACUAUGAAGAUGAAAAGCCGGGAUUGGAUACAAGCCAUACAGAUCCACAAUCCACCGUGUCCACAUCCACAAACAAGGCCUUUCGGACAGUAUAUCCAAGCUCACUGCUCAUGCUGAUCCUGGCUGCUCAUCAGCUGCUCAGACUCCUAUAGGAUGCACACUUCACAUCACAGGGUACCAUCACACAAAAACACAUAAGGAACCAAAGGAAAAACAAGAGAUAGAGAGACAACCUCAAUGGUGGACCAGAGACUUGGCAACCUGAGACUGAGGAAGAAAGGCACACAGACUUAAUCAUACAAGCAAAUCUCUCACGUCAGAGAAGCAGCUAUAACUCGUUCUAGUCUUCCACUGUUGUAAUGAUGCAAACAGGAGACACUGCAAGACCCCAUCUUCACUUCAAAGCCAGAACAUACUCAAACUAGACACAGAGGAUGUAUAAGAAACACAGCCUCAAUGAACAGUAUGGACUACUGGAAAGACAAAUUUAGCAUAAUCAAGCAAAAGGGGCAAUAGCUUUCAAAAUGUGCCUUAUAAUAGUAGAAAAGAGGGACAAGAAGCCUUGGCUAAAUAGGCAUAGAAAAAUAAAGACAUUAUGGAAUUAUGAAUGCACAAAAAUUUGAAUAUUAGCUAUGAAUGAUUUUGGUGCAAUUUAAUAGUAUGUAGUAUAGCGUACCUUAAUAAGCAAAAUGCUGCAAAGAAUGAAACUAGCACCAAUGCUCCUGUGUGUGUCUGUGUGCAUACGUGUUGCCUCCACAUUUUACAUCAGAUUAUUAUGCACACAGCAAUAAGUCCCUAGAAUCCAGUUUGUUUGUCCCUGGCCACCUCACAUAUGAAAAAUACUAACAGAGCACAAUAGAAAUUCCCAAAUUAUGUUUGAGACCACCUUAAUAUCGGAUUGCGUCAAUGAAAAACACAUUAUUACACUUCAUCAUAUAUGACUCCUUUAUACCAGUUCAUUAUUCUAUAAACUAACUUCGAUUUUAUUACUUUAGAAACACGGACACUGUGAAUAUCAGAGCAGAAAGUACAAAUCCUGCUGAGUCUUACACAAUCCAUGGUGUAGACAGACACUUUCCCAAGCAAAUGCACUUCUUUCAUUAGCACCACUUUCUCAGAGAUCCUGGGUAGAGUUUCCCUUACGGAAAAAUCACAACCAUUCCACAUAUGAUCCAAGUAUCAUUUCUCCCAUGUGAGUAAUAUGUGAUCACAUGUGAAGAUGCAUUUCACAUAUUCCCCGAAAUUGCAUGUUAUCUAAUGUGAAUGAUGUUUUCACAUGUGAAAAACAAUCACAUUUGAAAAUGAAUUAAUCAUUUGUAAACAAAAGCAACAAUAACAAAUGAACAAAAAAAAAGGACUCCCUAAAGUGAAUGACGCAUGAAAUGGAAUGACGAAUGACAGGUAGUAAAUUUGAACAAUAAAUGGUCCCUUGUCAUUCAGAUUCUUACAAAUGGAAUAACGAUUGAAGUCUUUAGUUUUAGACCUCCCUAGGAUAAGAUAAGUGGGUGCUUGGUGGGAUAUCAGCUUUUACAAAUGGAAUGACAAGGUUGAGCUAAUGUUGUCAGUCACUAGAAACAAUGUCAUUCCAUUUCAUGAGCUGAAAGCAUGUCAUUCCACCUACAUUUCAAUCGUUAUUCCAUUUAUAAGAAUCUGAAUGACAAGGGACCAUUUAUUGUUCAGAUCACUAGCUGUCAUUCGUCAUUCCAUUUCAUGCGCCAUUCACACUUUAGGGAGUCCUCAAAAAAACCCUCACAUGCAAAAACAAAAAUUCACAUAAUGUAGCAUUCCAUGAAAAAUGAAAACAACAACAGCAACAACAACAAAAAAAUCACGAGUAUAUGUAAUUAUGUCUAAGUAUUAUGCUUUAAAUAUAAAUGGUUUAAGUAUUAUGCUUUAAACACUAAAAUUUUCAUUCAUGUUUUAUAAACUUGGCACAAAAUUUCCACUCAAAGAUAAAUAUCAGCAUUUAAUUUUUGUGAGCUAACAUCUAUGUUCUUAAUAAUUCUGAAUAAAUAUUUUUACUUCAACCAAUAAAGAUUUU